AUGACAGAAAACUCUGAGGUUAUCUUAUAUUUUGAAGACGUUUUACCAAAAACUGGAUGGGGCCUCUACUACAAGUUUAUGUUGGGAAUGGCGUAUGUUUCAUAUUUUGCUAAUUCCACGACACUAUUUUGUGUAACAGUAGCAAUUCCUUUAUCAACAUGUGAAACUAAAACUCCCAAAAAUAUUUUGUAUGCCAUUUUUGUUAGCUUUACUAUUGGAAGAUAUAUCGGCGGUCUGGUCCUUAAUUGUCUUUGUGACAUAUUUGGAAGAAAAAAGUUUAUAUCACACAGCCUGGUAGCAAAUUUUGCAGCAACUUUUAUAGCAGCAUUCGCAUUUAAUUAUUACCUGAUUAUUCUCGCUGCUGUAUUUCUGGGAAGCUCCUUUGAACAUCAGAAAAAUGUAGUUAAAAUCCAUCUGGCGGAAAUAUUGCCAAAGAAAAAACGUGGUCACUAUUUAGCUGUAUGUGAUCUUGUCUGGACUUUAGGAUUUCUACUUUGUGCAAUUAUAACUUAUUUUCUCAUACCGCCGUCUUAUACGGAGCAUAAAGUAGUUUAUAUGAGGUUAACUACUUGGAGAAUGCUCUUUGCAGUAUCUGGAGGACUAAAUUUAAUGUUAGCUUGUGCUUCUUCCUUACUAGAAGAAAGCCCUAGGUAUUUUCUAUACGUAGGAAAAGAAUAUCUUGCUUUAUUGACACUGAAACAAUUUUAUGCUAUAAAUAGAUCUCUUUAUGGAAAUUCAUUUGACCUUAAGGAAACUGAUAUAACAAACAUUAUUUCUGACUAUGGUCUCUUUUAUCACCCAGAUGAUACUGGAUUCGUAAGAUCCAUAAUUGAUAUAACUGCUGUAAUGUUAAAAACGGUAAAAGUGCUAUUUUUAGGUCCCUUCUUAAGAAGUACUCUAAUUUUAUUAACUGUGAACUGUGUCUUAAAUAUUCUAUCAUUGGUCAAUAUCAACAUACUAUUAUCAAAAUUAGUGACAAGUGAAAAUGUAACAUCUGGUAUAGAAUUAGCGUAUGUACCAUUUUACAUGAAUAAUACAUUUUGUCCAAGUCUUACAGAAAACAAACUUUUCUACAACUUCUUUAUGAUCUCAACCAAUACUGUUCUUGCACAAUUGGUAAUGUUGUGGUUGAUAGAUCGCAUCCAACGAAAAAUACUUCUAUUUUCGUGUAUGGCUCUAACUGGAUUAUCGUUUAUUGUACUUUAUCAUGUUAAAGAUGAUAUGACUAAAAUGAUUUUAUCUUCACUUGUUAUGUUUUUUGUAAGUAUAGCAAUGGUUGUUGUUUCAGUCGUUAUUAUAGAAGUAUAUCCUACUGCACUUCGGGGAACUGCUCACGGUGUGAAUGUUUGUAGAAAAAAUCCAAAUAAUCCUGUCAGUUUGGAAAAAUACAGACAAGUUUUUAAUGAUUAUAAUCUUGGAUUUUUCGUUCCAAAAAAGGACCAGUGCAGGAAGUGCUUAAAUUUUCAUAGUGCGAGUAAAAGCACUGCAGAGAUGCAGGAGGAAUUCAGACUGCACCUCCAAAAACGAGAUGAUGCUCGAGGUGAACGGGAUAAGGAUAAAAAAAUGAUUCAAUCUGAAGAAAGAACUCCCUCAUUUAAUUUUGAUCUACAGGCAGUACUGAAUACGCCAAAAGGACCAGCAGAUGCCGACGAAAAAAAAGCAUAUAGCCAAGGUGAUGUGAGACAUGCUUUAGAUGCCAUUAAAGGAGGCACACCUUUUUUAGCCGCAGCGAGGAAAUAUAAUCUGUCGAGAACUGCACUUAUUGGAAAGUUCCAGGGCAUAUACUCAAAAGAUUGUCGCAGCGAAGCACCUUCUGUACUAUCCAUUCAUGAAGAAAAUCUAUUUAUUAUCUUUAAUCAUUCAUAUAUCUAA